AUGGCGAAACGUCGUUUCGGGAUGCAUGGAAAAGCCGCGUUCAACAGCGGAAAGAAAACAAGAAUGAACGAGCUGCGCCGGGCGAUAAAACGACGAGCGUCGGAAGACAACAACGACAAGGAAAACGACGGGCCCAGCCCGAACAAGCAAGUCGUGCCGGAGAUAGAAUGAGGAGACGAGGCAGACGUGACAGUGCUGUCCGAAAACAGCGUGGAAUUUGUGGAGGCUAUCAACUUGGUGCCGGAAGCAGUCCGUGAAGAGACAGUGUCGGCCUGCGAAGUUCUCGUCGUCGACAACAACAGGAACAUCGAAAAAAGCGUCACUCAGGAAAGAGGUGAGGAAUAAAACGGUAUUAAAAAAAAAAUUACAAAUGUCCAAGUUACAGAGGGUGCAAAGAUCAAGGGACAUGUCUUUGGAACCAACCCGACCGACUGCGGAUCGGCUACUUGGGCCGAACAGAUCGUGCUCACCAAGAAGGCGGAUACGACGCUCCACGUCAUGUGCGACAUCAAAGAACAUCUAAACACGAUCACAAAGACGCUGAGAGAUCACAAUGAUCUGCUGCGCGUCCACCGCGAAGAAGAUAAGGCUAAAAGGGAGAUUUGGCGACAUAUCGUGAAGGAAGAAGUCCGUGAGUGGAUAAGAAAAAUAGAAAAGCGCACAAUGGAGAAGAUCGACGCCGCCCAGAGCACAGCGGACCAUCAUAAGGAAGACAACAACAACGCGGACAACAAAACGGAGAAGACAAUCGAGAAACCGGAGCCACCAAAGAAAUCGGACGGCAAAGGAAAAAGGGUGAGAGAAAGAGAACAGAAAAUAGAACAAAAAAGAAACUUAUAGCACCGAUCGUGUCUAUUCUGCGGAGACGAAAACCACGGAACCGAACUUUGCAACAAAUACGCCACUCCGGUCACGCGAAUGGCGCGGAUGAGAGAACUCGGGAAUUGUACAAUUUGCUCCAGACGACACAAGGACGAAUGCCACUUCACACUGAUUCACUUCAGAAGAUUGAGGAUAAUUUCACUGUGAGACAACUGCACGAAUAUCAAAUCCGUGGAUGCAUCUUAAGACCCAUCAAUAUCAAACAAACUAAGAUACUUGAUGCCAUCCCGGUUGCGACGUUAUUUGACGAGCAGCUUGCCUCUGUACCAAUUUUUAUCAAAUGUGCUGACAACUCGACUAGAAUCAUCGUGUGUGAAGGAAAUCACCGUGUCUCAUCCGUCCUCCGUAGAGAUCCAAGUGAUGAAUCCUUCAAGGUGGAAACUGUUACCAUCUCUGAAGCCGACUUUGAUGCAACAUUUGAGAAAGCUGUCGACCUUCGUGGAGAGUCUGAUGGGUUGAAUCAAAAGUGCGGACUCGAUGCAAUCCCAUGGAUCGUCGCUUCGUUCGUACAACAAGUGUUCACCAGCGAGCGUCUUCGCACAGAGAAUAGUUAUUCGGCAAAAGAUAGAGCAAUGAAUUUGUACGAGAUUCUCAAGGCAAGAGUAUCCGAGGAACAGCUAGAUUUGUUGCGAGAGAAUACCCGCAUUCGAAACAAACUCUACGAACAGUUGGUCAAGGAGAAACUGGCUUUGAAAUCCACACAGUCUCAGACUGAAAGAUCUGGACUGUACCUGUUUCUGAGUGCACCAAACACACGGACUCUGUUCCUGAAGCAUUUUUCCUACCUUCCCACUAAGGAAAAGUGUCACUCAAACAUCUUCGCCGCUUCUUUGAGAAAUGAUUGUAAAACUGUGAAACUGAUCCACGACUGUGCCAAAGAAUACAUUUCAAAAAUGAUGUUCCUGCAAAAGGUCAAAGAUUUGAAGACUGGAUUGGAAGAUGAGGACAAGGAUGUUGGGGAAACAAGUACGAGUGAAAAGAACCCACAUGGUUUACAAGUAUGGAAGAAGGUUUCUAGUGUGGAGGAAGGCGCCAUCUUAA